CCCGUUCCCACCGGAGAAAUCAGAUGACAAGCGGCCUCGUAUCUUUUGUUUCGGGGAAAUGGCGACGCUUAUUCGCUCGAGAGAUUCGCGUUUGAUGAUGGCGGAGAAAAGCGUCCGCGGCCGGCGAGGAAUGUCUUUUGAAAACGGGCAUGGUUGUACUUUUUUUUUUUUUUUUUUUUUGUCCUCUCUCUGGUUUAGGAUUACAGAAGGGGUGCCUGAACUUUUUGUCCCCAAGAUCUACUUUUCAAGCAGCUAACCUCGACCUUUUUUCUUGAGGGGGGGGUUGCGACCACGUCUCCGAACUGGCAAAGAAAAUGAAUGAAUGGAUGGAUGGAAGUAUGGACGUGGUACGUACAAUAUUAGCAUAUUAGCUUAUUGGAUUGAUAAGAGCGACUAUCUAUUGUUGCUAGUAGCUACUUGCUUCUUCCCAAUUAGUUAAUGUGUGACUUCAGCUAACAUAUAAAAAACAUUUGCUAAUUUGCUAGCUAGCCUGUUUUUAGAGGACGUAAAGAGUUAAUUUGAAGGGUGAAAACAAUAAAACAUGAGCAUGUUAGCUAAGUUUCUUUCUAUAAGUAAGCUACCUUUGUAAGUGACCAUAAACACGCAAAAUACUUUAGCAUGGUCGCUAAUUUUGAGGUCACUGAAGGCGUAAACACGCCUGACUUUGGUGCGGGGACGUCGGGAUCGAUUCCCACGGUGUCGCUAUGCACCGCGGGACUGAUUGGCGACCAGUUCAGGCCCUUGUCCGGCUUUCACCCGUUCUUAUCUGGGAUGCGCUGCGGCAGUCCCAUGAUCCUCGGGGUUGGGUUAAUGGACAAUUGACGUGGUCAGUAAUUUUCUAGAUGCAUGACUGUCGUAAAAGAGUGUAAAUUUGGAAAAAUCAAUCAGUUGACGUCGCUCCCUUGUGACCUCGUAUCUGGUCUUUGCGUCUGAUGUGAACUCGAGGCAGUCCUUUGUCCGCGACACAAUUGCACAGCCUCGGCGAGGACUCGACAGCGCGGACACUUUGCGAUGGCGGCGCAUUUUUACUUCUACGCGUCUUGGGGUCUGUCCGUGACCUUGGGCCUCCUGUGCGUGGUCCUGGUGGCCUUCUGGAACUCGCAUUGGCGCGGGGGGUUCGCCUGGGACGGAACCGAGGCCCAGUUCAACUGGCACCCCGUCCUCAUGAUCAGCGGACUGCUGGUCCUCUACGGCCUCGCUGCCGUCCUCUACCGUGUGCCUUGGGGGUGGUCUCAGAAGAAGCGCGGGUGGAAGCUGGUCCACGCGGGACUGAUGCUGGGUGCCCUGCUGCUGGCCGCCGUGGGCUUGCGCGCCGCCUUCGAGGUCCACCGCAGCCUGAACAUCCCAUCCAUGUACUCCCUCCACAGCUGGGUGGGAAUGGCCGCCGUGGUGACCUUUGCGUGCCAGUGGUUCCUGGCCCUGGUCGGGUUCUUGCUGCCGUGUUCCGCGCCGCGGCUGGGCCCCGCCCUGAAGGGGAUCCACAUGUGGACGGGGAAAGCGGUGCUGCUCCUCACCCUGGCCGCUUGCGUCAGCGGAAUCAACGAACAGCUCUUCUUCGCGCUCAACGGUGCGUCAGGAGUCGCUUACAGCUCCCUGCCUCCGGAGGCGCUGUUCGCCAACACGCUGGGCAUCCUGACCGUGGCCUUCGGUGUCCUGGUGUUCGGGAUCCUGUCCAAAGCCGACUGGGGGCGUCCUGAGGCCAACUCCGAAACCAUUCCGAUUUUGCUCAGAGAGGGAAGCCGUUAAGGAAGUACCCCAGCAACAGAAUGUGAUAGAAAGCAUAUUAACUUUUAUCAUAUUCAAACUAUGAUAAUCAAACUACCAUAAUCACGCAGUUAUAACUGAUUUAUUACACUUUAUGAAUCAUCAA